AUGGCGCUGGCGGCCCACGCGACGCGGGCGAUCCCGGUCGCGGAUCGACUUCGGUCGCGACCGGGGUCGACGCUCGCGUUUCUUAAUCACCGGCCGUCGUCCACGACGCGCGCGGCCGUCGCGAAGAACGACGCGCCGUCGCCGCUCGGGUUCUUCCCGAAAGGCGACGCGCUGCGGGGAUGGCGAUCCGCGUCCUCGCGCGCGCCCGGGCGACCCCCGAUCGCGCGCCCCGGCGUCGUCCGCGGCGUGCUCCUUCGAGCGAAAAAAGACGACCUCGAGCGCGAGCUGAACGACCACAGGCAGCAGCUCGACGUCGCGCGCAAGGAGCUCGAGGACGCGCGCGGACAAGCUGAACGCGUGCACGGCCUGGAAGAGCGCGCGAGGAACGCGGAGAGCGAGCGCGACAAGCUCGGGGACGAGCUCCGAGGCGCGAGGGAUGAACUGCACAACGCGCGAGAGGAGCUGGACAGGGCGAGGAAAGACGUGCAAGACGCGGAGGAGCUCUUCUACGCCGCCGCGGACGAGCGCGCGGCCAAGGUGAAAGAGCUCGUGGAGGAGAUCGACAAGUGGCAGGACGCCGCGCAGAAGGCGCAGCACUACGAGGGCGAACAACGCGCGGAGGCGGAGAGGGCGAGGAACGAGGUGAACGAGGCGAAUCGAAGAGUCGCCGAGGCGGAACGCGCGCGAGACGAGGCGUACGCCGCCGCGAACGACAACAACAACCGCGCGCAGGAGGAGGGUGGGCGAGUGCGCGAGCUCGAGGAGCGCGCGAACAGUCUUCAGAGACAAGUCGAGGAGAAGGACGCCCGAGUGAACGAGCUGAAGCGCGAGCUCGAUUUACAGCUGUCCACGCUCGAGGACGUGGACGGGUUGGUCCAGGCGGCGAAGAAAGAAGCCGAGGACGCGUGGAGACAAAUGCAGGAGAGCGAGGCGAAGUUCCAGGGCUCCACGUCCACGGCGGCAGACCUCGCGAAGCAGCUCGAGGACGCGCGCGCGAGGGGGAACGAGCGCGAGAACGAGCUCCAGGCGUUGCAAGGCCAAGUCGCCGAGCUGAGCGACGUCGUCUCGAAGAAGGAGUGGUACCUCGGCGAGAGGACCGCGGAGCUCGAGAGAGCGCGCGAGGAGCUCGAGCAGAACCACGGGUUAAACGCCGCGGCCGCGGAGAAGCUUCGGCAGCUCGCGGAGCGCGCAGAGACGGCGAGGGUCAGAGCGGAGGAAACCGACGCGGAACUCGAGCGGUUACGCACCGAGCUCGAGGUCGCGAAGCAGACCGCGCUCGGAGCGGAAGACGGCGCGAUGAACGCCGCGCGCGCCGCCGCGGACGCGCUCAAGGAGAGCAACGAGCGCGUCAACGAAGCGAGGGCGACGAUCGAGGAGAGGAACGCCGAGAUCGAGAAGAGGAAAGCCGAGAUUGAUGGACUGAGACAGGAAAUCGUCGACAUGAAGAACGAGCACGACAUGUUCAACUACGACGACGACCUUCGCGCCGCGCGCGAGCGCGUCAAGGAGGCGGAGACCGCGAAAGAACACAACGAGAUCGAGCUCGACCACCUCCGAAGCGAGUUCGACGACAUGAGGCAGACUACCGCGGCGGCGGCGGACGAGGCGAACGCGCGCGUGAGAAUCGCGGAGGAACGCGCCGAGCAACUCAAAAACGCGGUCGAAGCGAAAGAGCGCGAGGUCUCCCUCGUCAGGGAGGAGCUCAACGAAGCGCGAAGGGAAGGCAGCGUGAGAGCGGCGACAGCGGACGAGGCCAAGGCGCGGCUGUUCCGCGCGGAGGAGCGCGCCGAGACGGUCGCGGACGAGGCGCGGCAGAUCGCCAUCGCGGCGUCGGAGAAAAUCGAAAAAGCCAGAGACUUCGCGGACUCGACGCAGAGCGCGCACAGAGAGCUCAGACACGCCAAGGACCGCGUCAGGGAGACGGAGACGCAAGUCGCGGCGAUGAAAAACGUGUUCGAGGAGGCGCAGAAGGAGACGACGGCGGCGAGGAUCCAACUCGCGAAGACGCGCGUCGCGGCGGCGAACAACGCGAGAAUCGCCGCGGACGCGCAAGAAGCCGCCGCGGAGCGUUUCCGUCUCAGCGAAGCGAACGUCGUGAUGGCACAGAGCGCGCGCGAGCGCAUGUCCGCGCAGGUGAAGCGUCUGAGCCACGAGGCGGACCGCGCGCGGCGAUUGAACGACGACCAGUCUGUGUUUUCGCUCGAGGAGCAAAUCUCGCAGACGUUGACGCAACGCGACGCGCGCGCGGAGGAGAUCGAGUGGCUGCAAGGCGAGCUUCACCAGGCGCGGACGGCGUACGACGCCGCGGUGCACGAGCUCCACGGGAUCGUCCGCGAGGGCGACACGCGCGUCGCGGAUAAGAAACGCGACGCGGACGAAAAGGCGAAGAACAUGGCGGACCGUCGACACGGAUUGGAGGAGGCGCGCGCCGACGCGAGGGCGGCGGCGACGGCGGCGGACGAAGCCGCGCAGGCGGUGAUGCGCGCGGAGGAACGCGCCGCGGACGGCGCGCGCGAGGCGCACGCGGCGGGGCAGAACGCGGUCGAGAAGAUGGCCAUCUCCCUCGAGGCGGCGAAGAGCGCGUACGAAGUCGCGACGCAUCGCGAAAACGCGCUGCGAUCGGAGCUCAACGAAGCCGAGCGCGAAGCCGCGGAGAACCAAAACAGCGGCCAACGCGAGAGCCAUGAGCUCCGCGCGCGCAUCGACGAAGCUCGCCGCGCGGCGUCGUACGCGACCGAGCUCGAGGAGCAGUCCAGAAGCGCGGCGGAGCAGCUCGCGCACGCGAAGCGACGAUUCACGGAGGUGGACCAGAGCAUGUCGGAUCGCCGACCGGCGUCGCAGAAGGAAGCCGAGCUGCGAGCCGCGCGCGAGGAGAUCGAACGCUCUCGCAGAAUCGCGGAGGCUGCGAUCGCGAUCAAGGACGAGCGCAGGCUCGCGUCGAUCGCGACCGUCGAGGCGAAGUCGCGAGGAAGAGCCGCGGAGGAAGCCGCGAACAAGAUGCGCGACACGAUCGAGCGGAAAGAACGCGAACUCGUCGAAGUCAAGGCGGAGAUCGAGCAGGCCGUCGGCGAGUUUGAAUCCGCGACGCGCGAGUCCGAAGCCGCGAUGGAGGAAGAGCGCAGGCUCGCGAACGCGGGGUCGUUCGGCGGCGGCGGCGGCGGCGGACGAGUGAACGAGCUCCGCGCGACCGUGGAGGAGCGGGAUAAAGAGCUGAGCGUGAUGCGAGGGACGGUCGAGGAAGCGAAGCGCACCGCGGCGGCGGCGGCGGACCUCGUCGAUCGCCGACGCGCGGCGGCGUCCGACGCGGAGUUCGCGCUCGCUCGCUCGAAAGAGAGCGCCGCCAACGCGAACGCGAACGCGGGCGGCGGAUACGACGCGCCGUACGGCGGCACCGCGGGCGGCGAUAACUCGAGCCUGAGGGACGCGCAAGACGCGCUGCAGCGCGCGAAGGACGAGUACGACGCGAAGCAGGCCAAGUUUGACGCGGGGGUGCAAGGGUACCGGAAGGCGGACGCCGAGCUCCAGCGGUUGAAAGCGGAGGGGUACUCGAAAGACGACCCGGAGGCGGUGCGGUGGUUCCAAGAGCGCGAUAAAGCGGACGCGUUCCUGACGAAAGGCCAGGACAUCGUCAAGGACGCGAAGAGCGAGGUCGAGCGAUUGCAAGCGCUCGUGGACGCGAAAGAGCGCGAGUCGUCGCAGCCGUCGUCGUACGAUUCCGGGUACGGCGGCGGCGGCGGCGGCGGCGACGACGUCAUGCGCCUGGAGAUGGAGCUUCAAAUCGCGAAGACCGCGCACGACGAGGCAUCGAACAUCUACCACCACGCGGACCAGCGUUCGCGCGACAUCGCCGCGUCGUUGGAGAGCAAAGAGCGCGACCUCGAGCGGUUACGCCGAGAGCUGUCGGACGCGCAAGUCUCCGCGGCGGCUGACGUCGGCGGCGGAGGCACCGAGGAGCAGCGAAGAGCCGCCGCCGUCGCCGCGGUGGAGAUGCGCUUCCGCGCGAGGCAGGCGGAGGAGCGCGCGAACAAACUCCGCGGCGCGGUCGAGUCGCGACAGGAGGAAAUCAACUGGAUGCGAGGCGAGCACGAGGCGGCGCGGCGCGAGCUCGACGCGCUCUCCGUCGCGGCGCAGGACGCGGCGAGCCGAGAACGCGAGAUCGAACAGCGCGCGAACGACCUCGCGGAGGAGGCGAGGCGGGCGUCGUACGCGUCGCAGGACGCGGAGAGAAACGCGCAACAGUCGUACGACGUGGACGACCGCCUGCGGCGCGAGCUGGACGAAGCGAAGACGCGGUUCGACUACGCGACGCAAGAGGCGGAUCGCAAGCGCAACGACGCCGCGCGCGCGGCGGCGGAUCGCGACAAUAAAAUCGAAGCGCUCGAGUUUUCCCUCUCCCGCGUGGACAUGCCGCCGAUGGAGGCGCGGUACGCCGCGGAGGAUACCGCGACGGCGUCAUUCCGUUUGCGCCAGAUUGAAGACCGACUGAACAGGAUGGAGGCGAUGUCGGGGCAGACGAAGGGCAAGGACGUGAACACGAUCCGCGACGAGAUCGAGCAGUCGAGGCUGGGCGCGAUCAAGAGCGCCGCCGCCGUCGAGCGCGCGACGGAGUCUCUGAGAAAGGCCGAGGGGAUGACCGAGGCGGCGCGCGAGUUCAUGGAGAUCGCGUCCUCGAGAGCCGCUGACGCCGCGGAGGCGGCGGCGAAGUCGAGGCGCGCGGCCAUGGACGCCGCCGUCGACAGGGAGCGGACGCUGCGCGACGAACUCGCGGCGGCGGCGGCGGCGGUGCGCGAACGCAACGCGACGAUCGAGUCUCUCGAGAUCAACACCCUCGACCUCGAGACGCGCCUGAGAGAGACGACGACGGACGCGCGAAGCGCGCUCGCGAACGCGGAAGCGAUGGCGAAGAACAGCGAGCUCAUGUUCAACGCGACGCACGUCGAGACGACGGAGACGGUGAAGCGAUUGGAGGCGGCGUUGAACCGCGCGGAGAGAGAACUCCGCGCGAUGGAGCAGGCGAUGCUUCAGGAGCUGACGACGUCCGAGGUUGCGCUUCUGGAGACGAAGAUGACCGGGUCGGAGACGCAGGACAAGCUCGAGCAGCUCAGGAGAGAGCUUCAACACGAGCGCGAGCGCGCGAACACCGCGGCGGACGACGCGCGCGCGGCGUACGCGAAAGCCGCCGCCGCCGAGGCUGGGAACAUCGCGAACCGCGCCGCGCUCGGGGAGGACCACGACGAGGCGUUCGAGGCGCUGAAACAGAGAGAGAAGGAGCUCGUGGAGCAAAUCUCCGGUCUGGAGACGACGCUCGCGGCGGUGAUCGGCACGCGCGAGGGACUCGCCGACGGCGACGAGGGGUUCGACCCGGACGACGCGGAUCGCAUCGAGGAGGCGGCGGCGCGGAAGCUCAUGCUGCACAUCAAGUCGUUGCAGGCGCAGGUCAAGGAGGGCCGCGACGCGAUGGCGAUGCAAGAGACGAUCAUCGCGGAGCAGAUGAGGUUGAGGGAGGAGGCCGAGUUCGCGAAGUACGAGAAGGACGACGCGGAGAGAAAGGUGCAAGAGAUUGAAAACCUCGCGACGCAGCUCUGGUCGCAGCUCGAGAACGCCGGGAUCGACCCGGGCAGCCACCUGCGGUUCACGCCGAUCGAGCGGCAGCCGUACACGUCGCCGACGCCGCAGAUCGACCCGCAGAUGGAGGAGCUCACGAAGAAGCUGUUGCAGACGGACGACGACUUGGAGCAGCUCAUGGCGGAGAUUUUGGAGGAUACCAUGGAGGUGGAGAUGGCCGCGUCGAAAGAGGAGCUCGAGAAAGCAAAGGAGGAGAUCGAGCAUCUCAAGGGGGAGCUGAGGAGGUGGAAGUGAUGAGCAGUCUCGCUCACACUUCACGAGAAAUUAAGUUGGAGAAAAAUGAUAUUAUCUAAUG